AUGACUUCCAUAUUUAAGCCUCGGCGAAAUGUGGAAUUGCCUCAAGAUGUAGGCACCACACCCACCACGACUUCAUCAAAUGUUUUACCGGCAGUCUCAGUUAAUACUUCUGCAUCAGCAGUAGUAGCUACAAAGAAUAAAUUCUACUGUGUCUCGAAACUCCCCGGUAUACCAUCAAGCUUUGAACAAAGCCAUUCCUUCAUCAAUGCGUACUCGGACUCAGAGUCCAAUUACUCACUUGUGAUAGGCAAUGAUUCCAUAUACGUGUGGCCAUAUAGAUCAGCUGAUACCACACCAUUCUCAAUCCAUUUUCCGCUUGAUAAGUCGCGAUUCCAGUUACCAAUGGCAAUCUUGACAAGACCGUCAAGUGGUACUGGACAGGAUCCCGGUCUAGUCAUCUUGGAUUCUGUUAGUGGACUAGUGAAGUUCUAUGAAAGUGUACAACACGCGCCUACAUUAGGCUUAAUCAAUGACAAGUCAUUGGAAUUAACAGUCAAUCUAUACCGUGGAGAAUAUAUUACCAUGGCAGAAAAUGUCGAACCUGCUGGGAUAGUUGUUGCCACAUCACUACAAAGAUGCAUUGUGAUUUCAUUGAGAGACUUUAAAAGUAAACCCCAUCUUUCAACAUUGGAGAUACUAAAUCCUUCAAGCGGCAUCUUGGCCAAGUUUUUCAAACAUACUGAAAGCGAAAUUGUGGCAAUUAGAUCAGGCGAAAUAAAAGACCAUGGCACAGUACAGCAAAUCUUGAUUUUGGAUAGCGAGGGAACUUUUUACUCAGUGUGCUAUAAUUUGCUCUCUGCCAAUGCAGCACCAUAUGUCGACAAGAAAAACUCGUUUAAACAAAAUUUAUACACUGAUGUCACAUUGACUGGUCCCAGUACAUCUGCAAAGUAUUUGGAUGUGUGGCCAUUAAAAGAGUCAAACUAUUACUUGGUUCUCUGUCGCAUUGACGGAAAACUCUUACUUGCGACGUUUGGUGCAGAUCAUUCAGGAGUCUUAUUUUAUGGAUCACAUCAUUUGAAAAGUGCCGAAGAGGCGGAAAAGUCGGAAGCGUUGAAGAAUGGGAAAAAUGUCUCCAUUCCGAAAUUAUUUUUGCCAAAGCCAGGAAAGACCGCAUUUGUCAUAUCUGGAACGUCCAUAAUUAUGACCGAUAUCAAUAAUAUGUAUGUAGAGUCAAGACAAUCAUUUUCGUACCAUAGACCACGUUGGGAAGAUAUCGUUCAACUUCAACCAACAACCGCAAUCAUCGGGUACGGAUACGAGGAUCAAUCUAAUAUUACCAACCCAGCAAUCAUCUUGAUAACCAAGGAAUUCGGUGUUUUGAGAUGCGAAAGGUUUGCAAAGGAAACGACAGCAGAAGAAAUCAGUGAUCCUGUAGUGCUAGUCAAAUCUCACAUUGAACAAGCAGUUUUCUAUUCAGAGUCUAGUGAAAUCGAUUUUAGUUUGAGUCAUUAUCAAAGCUUUGAUGAAGAAACUAUCAAGCUUGCCGUCAACAAGAUUGUUGAUGAGGUGAUAAACUCAACAUCACCGUAUCUUCCCGCAACACUUCCUUCAACAACAGAUUUACUCGAACUUAAAGUAAAACUACUCAAAGUUCUCACCCUGUAUUGCGACAAGAAUUUUCCAACACUCAAUCUCAUUCCUCACAUUGAAGCAAAAUUGGAGAAAGCUAGCAGUUUAUUGAAUCUAUCAAAAUAUUUAAAUGCCAAUCCUAGUUACAAAGAAGAGUUUGAAAAAGCGACAAAGGAUAACAGGAAUGAGGGAAACACUCAAUUGACCUUGACACAAAAUAUUGACGAUGCAGGCUUUAUACUUGCAAAGUUUUUCAAGGUAUUGUUCAAAGACAAUUAUUCCCUCGCGGCAGUGAUUGUUGCAACUUUGUACAACGGGGUGUAUUCAGCCCACCAGUCAAAUGAAGGUAACAAUGCAAUUACAAGUGUAAGUACGUCAUCAUGGCUAUACGAAAAAUCCAGUCUCCUUCAAGAUACUGAGCAAUAUUUUAUUCACGAAUUUGCUGAUGGUAAAAGUCAAGAAAGACAAAAUGCUUGCUACAUUGUGCAAAUGCUUUACCACUUUACUACUAGUCGUGUAAUAUACUUGAAAGAUACUGGAGACUUGGAGAAGACGGAAACAGUGCAAAACUGGUUUAAUCUGCGGAAACCUCACUGGAUGUCAGUCUUGUUAAAACUAGACUUGAAUGAGGAGGCAACCCAGAUCGCUGAACAAUAUCAUGAUUUUGAAGCACUUGCUCGCAUACUUGACUCAGCAAGAGAGUUUAAACUGGCACUGGUUGAGCAGCUCCCAUAUGCUCGAUAUUUCAAUCAGUACGGGUAUCCUUUUGCAGCCAGUGUAUAUUUGCACUAUAUUAAGGAGGAUAAGAUCCAGGACCUUCUUUUGCAAUUUACAAACUAUAAGAGUUUCUUGUACAGAUUUUUUGAUGAGAAUCCAAAGCAAACAGCAAGUAUUUCUUGGGUGAGAUAUUUGUUAGAUAACGAAUAUGCAAGGGCAUCAAAUGCACUUGAUACAGCAAUUGAUUCUCCCAACGAUCAAACAAUCGAUAAUCAACUUACACAACUAUCGGUUUUGAAGUUGCUGACAGUUUCAGCUAUAGCUGCAGGCUCAGCUGAAACUGUAAAUUCAAAUUUAUCGACCAUUAACAAAGAGAUAUUGAAGCUACAAACUCAAGUAUUCUUGAGAGAUGCAAUUGCAAACAACGGAUCAAUUGAAGCUAUAAGUGAGACAUAUUUCAUGAAUCAUUACGUCAGUGCAAGCGUCGACAAGGAAGCUGCAAGACUGGCCGUGGGCGGUACAAAUUUCGAAUUAUUCGUAAAGAAUAAGCCAUUGGCAAUCCCUACUAUUAUUGAUUUGUUAACAAUCAUUCUGCCCCAACUAUUGAAUAACCUUGGAUACUUGUAUGCCUUGAAGAUUACCAAAACAGUGAACGAUGAGAAAUUGAACGAAUAUCUCGUAUUGGUGACGUUGCUUAGAUUGCUAACCAUAGCAGUGGAUAGUAAAAAAAUCACCCAUCAGAAGGGGAAGAACCUGGAGGAAGCAUUUAAGAGACAAGUACAGGAAAGUAUACUAUACAAAACACUUGAAUCGCAUCCCGAUACCAUCCCAUAUCUUGAUAAACUUUUGAACAAUUUGCUGUUGGCCAAAGAGUAUAAUGAUCAAUAUAGUUCAAAAACGUUGAAUGAUGAAUUGCUUGAGGAGUUGAAGCGAUUGCUUAAAAAUAAAGGUUUCAAACAAUGGGUUGAGGUUACUAAAGAGCAAGCUAAGAUCACCAUUAUGGAAUUUGCACAUUAA